GAAAAAAUGUGAGACGCAGUCUGCUAAAAUUAGUACUUUUUACAAAGCUGUACAUGUGCAUUCUAUAUUUUGGUUUGAGUUUAUUUACUUUUGGAACUGGAGUGACUUCGUGUUCGCCAUGAACAUCAGCGAAGACUUCAAGCCCGUGCCAACACGGGCUGCACUUGCGGCUCAGAAAAAGCAGGCCACCUGCGAAUUCAAGGCAUUGGUUUUCCACGAGCCGCAGUCCCAGUCGAAGGCAACUUCGAAUCCCGACAAACAGCAAGAAAAAUCUGAAAGGAGGCCCCACAAGUCGGCAGGCACGGACAAAGACAGCAGCACAAACCCCGAGUUCGAUAUCAAAAAGGCUCGACAUGAGGUGCUCAACUUUGCCAUGAGCAAUCAGCGUGUGACCAAGAAUAAGCGUAAAAUGGAGAUUUUCCAACUGAUCAAGCUCGGUGCCAAGCCGCCAAAGAAAGCGGCAAGGAACUACAAGGAGUUGAAAGACGAACGCCAGCGUCUGAAGAACAUACGGGAGGAGCGAAAGAAGUUUCAUCAACUGGGGAAAAAUCAAGCUGGUGCGGCUAGUGUCAAAUGCCGCAGCAAAAACAAUGAGGAACGCAAGCAGAAGAAACGUGCGCCCGUUUCGAACAUCGACCAGCACUAUGGCAAGGCGCAGCCUAAAUUCAAGAAAAGAAAAUAACCAUAGAAUGUCCAGAAUAAACCUAAUUUAGUCAAAUA